UCGAUUAACAUUUGUGUAAUCUGUAUUUGCCAGGACUUUGUUAUGUACCCGUUGUAAAGGAUCUUUGUAAUGCCAUCCAUAGGAAUAUUCAAAAUCCAUUUGUUAGCUGUGAAACAAUGUAGUUCGAAAGUUUAUAGUGAUUACAAAUUACAAUAUAAAAAGCAGGGCAAUUUGAUUGUUCAAGGUUUUACUUUUCACAACUAUUUGUCAAAACACAAGAUUGACAAUGCCUGAGAUUUCUAGUAUUAACCUUCUGACAUACUUUCCUUCAUUUGUUUGUCACUAAUACGUAAAUAGAAGUGUAGAUCACAUAAACAAGGAAUUUGCUGCAUGGCAUUGCAUGUUCCUGUAUUCCAUACAUCUUUGAAUAGAUGGGUAAAAGAAAAAGUGAAUUGGUUCUCUACAUUGUGGGUAUUUUAAUAAUGUUCUAAAAUUAGAAAGACUUGCUGAUAGUCGAAUUUCCUGUGGAUUGAUUUAUUGAUAUAUUCCAUGAUUUGAAUCUGUAUAUUUACAUUGAAAUAGUUUUCAUAUUCAUAAUGUUCAUGGUUUUCUCUUCUUCCCUCCUAAAAAGGCACAAGCAGCCACUGUUCCACAGGAACCUAACGACGUCAAAUUUCUAUGGCUCGGUGUGCCUACUUAUUUGCAUUUGAGAUUGGAAUUUGAAAUAUUUAACUGACAGUACGAGCCUAUUUGGAUUGAAAAAAUGUCAGAACAUUAUAAAUUGCCUAUUCAAGCAAAAUGCAACCCUUGUAGAAAUUCAUUCCAAUAUAUAUGAUGUAUUUGCAAUCACUGAAAUGACACACUUCAACUCAUUAUGUCAGUUUUAGUGUUACUUAGCUACUUGAUUACGUAAUUUCAUUGUCUGCUAUAUGAUACUUAUCAGUUUGAAUUAUGUUGUAACACUGAUAGAAUAACGUUGUUACGAUUUAGAGAACGAUCUUGAUAUGGUAUUUUGUUGUUGUGAAAAUCCCAAAAAAUUCAUUAUAUCAAUCAUGCCUUUUACUUUUUUUUUAAUUAUUUUUCUGUUACUCUUGUUUUCUACAGAUUGUUGUAAAAUUGUUAUAUAAUAGAUAUAUUAAAAGUAUAUUCGUAUUUAUAAUAUCUUUCUCUAUUUGUUGUCAAACUCACUUUGUAUAAGAUGGAGGGUCAAGGCCAUUUCCGAAAAGGUUCAAAGAAUAGACAAAGGAAUCAACAACAACAAGAAAUGCCGCUGUUUGAAGAUACAAGUGGAGCAGGACAGGGUUAUGCUCAAUACGGCGGUCCUCAAAUGAUGCCUCCACAACAGGCACCAUAUGGAAUGAAUCCUCAACAACAGUUUCCUGGGGCCAAUAUACUUGCCGAUCCAAUGGCGAACAUGGCAAUGCAAUAUGGCCAAAAUCUGGCUGGACAAGGCAAAGAAUUACUCGAGAAAAAUGUUGAUCGUUACAUCUCCGUGUCGAAACUCAAAUAUUACUUUGCUGUUGAUACAACAUAUGUUGCCAAAAAACUUGCCCUUCUUUCUUUCCCAUUCACUCAUCAGGAAUGGGGAGUGCAAUAUCAACAAGACACUCCUGUCGCACCUCGUUUUGAUAUCAAUGCUCCAGAUUUAUACAUUCCUGUCAUGGCAUAUAUCACCUACAUUCUCUUUUCUGGAAUUUCCUUAGGUAUUUUGGACAAGUUCAGUCCAGAAGAAUUGGGUAUUCAAGCUAGUAGUGCCUUUGUGUGGUUGGCCAUUGAAAUAGCAUUGAUCAUGUUUAGUUUGUAUCUCGUUAACGUUCGAACAGACCUCGGCACAUGGGAUGUUGUUUCAUUUUGUGGAUACAAAUAUUUUGGGAUGAUUGUAAUAAUGGCUGCUGGAUUGGUGUUUAGAUCGGCUGGUUAUUGGGCUGCUCUGGGCUAUAUGAGUCUUUCCAUAGCUUAUUUUUUGGUGAAGACUCUUCGAUUGAAAAUAUUACCGCAUACUGCUUCCACUGAUGACUUCACGCAAGGCCACGGUGGAAAACGACGACUUUAUCUUACUCUUGCAAUAUCAUUUGUGCAACCAGUAUUCAUGUAUUUUCUGACCAGACAUCUAGUGCCUGGUUCGAGUUGAUGAUGAACUAUAGAAACAAGUUAUAAUUUUACGCAUGGUGAUAAUUUUUACCAUUGGAAACUAAAUAUUGAUGAAAGGUAUUUGUUUUUGAGCUGCCAUCUGUAUCUUUUUUUUUUCUUGUGCUAUUUACUUUAAAAAUUGGACACCUAUCGAGUUUCUGAGGUGGACACCAUAUUAGUUGUUUACGAUAGUCAUUACCAUGUCCGGAAAAUUCGACGCAUAGGAAAGAGCUUGAGCUUUUUGCUGUAAAAACAAGUAUUUGUGAUUAAAACAGU